AUGGAAGUCAAAGAGACAAAAGCAGAACAAACCAAGGAGAAAGAUGUCGCGUUCGGCGAGACUCGCGAUAUCGCAGGGACUCACGAUAUUGGAGUCAAUCUGUUUCUGGAGGCAGAGCAAUUGACGGCCGAAGAACUGGAGACUGAGGGGGCCCAGGUGCUGAAGAUCCUCGAUUGGAGGAUUAUGCCAAUACUCUACUUAACCUAUGUUAUUCAAUUCCUCGACAAAUUAUCACUCAAUUAUGCAUCUGCAUAUUCCCUAAUCCCAGAUCUCGGCCUCGAAGGCCAACGAUAUUCAUGGGUUGCUGCCAUUUUCAAUUUCGGCUACCUCUUCUGGGCCUUGCCAGCCAACCUUCUGAUCCAGCGAUUGCCGGUCGCAAAGUAUAUGGGAUGCAUGCUUCUUAUAUGGAGUGUCCUCGUCACUGCCCAUGUUGGAGCAAAGAACUACCCAGGAAUGCUGGUCUUGCGAUUCCUACUGGGCAUGGCUGAAGCCGGAGUCAGCCCAUGCAUGAUGAACAUCACCUCCAUGUUCUACAAGCGCUCAGAACAACCAUUCCGCAUGGCAAUCUGGCUCAGCGCAAACGGCAUGGCCACAAUGGUCGGAGCCCUACUAGGCUUCGGCCUCGGCCACUCCCACAACACCGCACUACACAGCUGGCAACUAAUCUUCCUAACAAUCGGCCUCAUGAACUUCGCCGGCGGCUGCCUAUUCCUCUGGCUAAUGCCGGACUCACCCAGCUCCGCCCGCUUCCUAACCCACCGCCAGCGCGUGGUAGCCGUGCAGCGCGUCGCCUCAAACAUGAUCGGCGUAAAGACGCCAGACAUCAAGCCCCGACAGGCCCUGGAGGUCCUCUACGACUUCCGCGUCCUCUCCUACGCCGCGGUCGGCAUCGCCUGCGGCGUCAUCAACGGCGGCUCAUCAAAUUUCGCAUCCGCCUUAAUCAAAGGCUUUGGCUUCAACGGCAUCUACACUACACUCCUGCAACUUCCCACCGGCGCGAUCGAAGCCGUGAUCGUCCCCAUCUGCGGCCUUAUUGCUACGUACGUUAAGGACUCGCGCUGUAUCGUCCUCGCAGUCGUCUGUCUCAUUCCCUUCGGCGGUUUGCUCGGUAUCCGUUUCACAAGUCUCGACCACCCCUGGACGCUGGUCGGAUGUACCUGGCUACAGUACCUCGUCGGUGCCCCGGUUAUUAUCUCGUGGAAUCUGCUCGCUACCAAUGUUGCCGGACACACGAAACGGGCUGUUGCUAAUGGGCUUUGGUUCACUAUGUAUGCGGCUGGGAAUGUCGCUGGGGCGAAUAUCUUCUUUGCGAGGGAGUCUCCGCGCUAUUUCUCCGGUCUGCUGGGCUUGUUGAUUUGCUAUGCUGGUAUCAUCGUUCUAGCUGGUGGGGCUUAUGUGUCCAUGAGGUGGGAGAAUGCUCGGAGGGAUGCUACGAUGGCUGUGGGGGAUCAUGCUGAACAUGUAUCCAACCAGGCUAUCUUGGAUGGGUUUAAGGAUAUCACGGAUAUGGAGUCUAAGCACUUUAGGUAUGCGCUUUGA